UAUUUACAAAACUGAUGUCCCUUCACAAAUAAGAGGCUGGCUGAGGGUUUGGGCCUAUUGAACACUCUAACAAAAAAAAAAUGUUUUCAGCAGGUAAUUGUCGCUUCAGUGAUCAAUUACCUGUCAUUUUUUCUACAUCGACUAGUUUGGACCAGUUAAAAUUCGAGCUCAAGACAAACACUAGGUGACCACACGUCUUUCUGUCAACUACCAAUUAAUUUGCACCUCUUCCUUUCUUCCAAUAUUAACCCCUAUCAAUGAACGAUGACGAGAUUAACAAACUCUGAGUAAAACUGAGCUUGGUAGCUCUGUCUGAGUUAUCUGCAAAGAAAAACAAUGAAUGUUGCAGCAAGACAUUAUUCGCCAUGCCCAGGACAAAGGCCAUUGUUGACAAAGUAUGUUUUCUAAACGUUCUUCGCGACUGUUCGUUAACCUCGUUAAAGCGACUCCUCGACUGCUUCGCUGUCAUGGUUCUGGUUAUGGUGUCACUAACAUUGAUGUACAGGCCUUCGACACUGUUUCGUGGUCACAAGAGAAUUUACGCAAACGAAAAACUGGUUGCAGACAUUGUUCUCUCAAGUGAUUUCGCCGAUGAUGGGUUUAUGUUCGUUCCAGUGCACGACAAAGAAAAAUACCUGUCUUACGAGCCACCGGUUGGUAGUUGGAGCAAACAACUUCAAGCGUUCGAAAACGCCGUCAUAAUAUCCAAAUUGUUGAAUAGAACUCUUUUAGCCCAACCUCUCGCAAGUGAACUCGAAAUUAAACGACUUAAGAAAAUCAUUAGGAGGACUUUACAACCUGAUUCAAAAGUUUAUGACUUUCUGGACAAAAAAUUCACGGUUCCAAUGUCUUCCAUUGUGGAUCUGAAACACUUAUCAAAGCUGGUGAGGAUUCACAGUGUAUCACACCGAGAGUUUCUAAACAAAUUCAAAAACCUGUCAUGGUUUGACGUGUGUCAUCGAGAUUCAGUCGGAUUCUGGGUCGACUUUAUACCAUCGCCUAACAAUCACAAUGCGUGGAAAGUGCUAGAGGCGCAAAACUUUGUACCUUUAUCCUUUUCUAUUCCUGUAGCGGAGCCUGUUUGUGAUUAUGGAUUACAGAUCAAAACUGAUUCUUACCAGCCAAAGCCUUUUAUCCGUGGAAUUAUCUCCGAACUAAGCCAAGUAAAGGAGGACGUUGUCUAUUUUCGUGGAGGAUCCUUAGCAACCAGGGAUAUCCGUUUUCUGUCGAAGAAACGCACUGCACUUGCCCAAAGAUGGACUAGUGAUUACAUUCGCUUUACCCGUUAUGUUCAGGAAAAGCUUCAAACAAUUAUGACCAUGAUAAAACAGCCAUAUAAUGCGGUGCUAAUUUCAACAGAAGAUGAGGCGGGAAACGUAACCAAUACCGUUAAUUACAGACUGAAGCAAAUGGAGAGGUUGAAAUUUCGAGAAAUGACGAAUGUUUUGUACAUUAUAACACAUAUUAACAACGUAGCAGUUUUUGAACCAUUUAUAACAGAAGGCUACGAAAUUUACUUAUCUAAAAGCCUUAUCCCUAAUGGUAUUAGCUCUUUUGUACGAUACGAUGUAACAGAACUCCUAGGAUUAGUGAUUUGUAAAUACGCUCGAUUGUAUGUAGGCUCAAAAGAACCAUAUCUCAUUCGUCGAGGGCGUAUUCACGAGGCCAAAAGGAAGGACGGUCUUCUUGUCGAUCACGUGACUGUCAGGUGGGCUGUACACACUGUAAACAGAAAGCAUCGCUUUAUCACACCUCGUAAUGUCACUGCUCACGGGCAAUUUAACCAGCGGACUCACAAAGCAAAUUAUAUUUUCUGUACCAUCUGCAAAUUCAUGCAGAGAACUCCAAGAUACCAACUUUGUUCACCACAAAUGAAUGGAUGUGCAAAGUUACACCUUAUUUAAUAAACUUUUGUACGUAAAUCCGGGUAAUAUCUGUACAUGGGCCAGGAUUUUCACACAGAUAGCACAAAAAUCUGAUUUCCAUC